UGCACACGCACUUAAAUGGUACUGGCACUAGCGAGAGCCCCAGACAGCUGGACCUCGAGGUGCCAACCGAAACGCAGGAUGGAUUGUCUCUCUUCCCUGGAUAAGAAGUGUUUCUGAGGAAAGAAAAGCAGACGGAUGGAGACGGAGACGCGGACGAGCCCGAUGCCUCCAAAGGCCCAGAGGCUCGCGGCGGGAAAGGACGCGCUCACGUCCCAGGUGCUGGAGAUCAUCGGAGGGGCCGCUGCCGAGGCCCUCCAGACCCGGGGGGAGCGUGAAGAAAGAGACGCCUGGUCAAUGGAGGAGGGAGAUGACUCCGUGUUCUACAGCGACGAGGACCGAGCUCACCAGGAAACAAAAGCCAACCGGUCACCCGGAUUUGGCGGCAACGACUACAAGCCUCUUGUCAACAGCGUGGCAUCCGACGAGGAUGACACGGCCGAAGGAUCCAUUAUGGCCGGAGAAAUCGCAGAGGUGGGGACAGAGGCGACUCGGCCGGACUUUCAGGAAGAGGAGGAACGACGGGAGCUCCAGAAACCAAAAACCGAGCGCGUGGACGAGUCGGAUCCUGCAGAACCAGGAGCAGAGUGUAAUGUGACUCCACAGAGGUCAGCGAGCAGCCAAGGAGGAUUGCUAAACUGCACCGUCCCAAACGUGCAAGCUCAGCAAAACAUUUCAGCAGAAAAAGCUGAGCAAAAAGAAGCGACCCCAAACCUCGAAGUCUUGCUCCGAACCGACGCUGGACUCUGGCUGCCCAGUGACGGGGCGCUUCAGGUGGAGCCGGAGAAGGGCCAAGGGGUUAAAAGCCCCGCGGGGUCCCACGGGGUCUCCGGCUCGGGCCGCUCCACUCUGCCUCUGCCGAAGAAAUCCUUCAACCACCUGUCCUCCUCCUCCAAAUACGGCACCGUGUCCUACCGCAAGAUCCGCAGAGGCAACACCCGGCAGAAGAUAGAGGAGUUUGAACACAUGAUCGUGAAUUUGUAACGUGAUGUUUAAAGAUAUUUUUUUUUAAAAGGAAGAUGAAAACUGCUGGAGAUGCUCCAUAACAACACUGACUGCACAUGUAGUACACGGUUUACAUAUUUAUUUGUUCUAGUCUACUUGUCUGUAUUAAAAAUACGUCAGGUAACUCUCCAGGUGAUGCAAGAUUUCUAAAUAAAGAGCACUAUGUAACUAUUUAUCUAAUAUCUGAUGGGAGCGCAAUGACUCCCAAGAUACAUUUUAUUCAUUUCAUGGCUCUAGGGUGAACACCUCGACAUACGAAACAGGGAUUUGAGCAACAGAUUGAAUAAAUUAGACGCUCAGGGGUUUGUAAUGUUAAUAAUAACUCAAAUGUUGUUUGGAAUCUUUAGGGUAAGAAAUGUCAAGUGAUUAGCUAAACAUGCAUAUUUAGAUGUACUUAUAACAGCUGGAUAAAAAUAAAGUGAUACAUGCUAUUAA